ACGCUCCGCUGCCGGCAGUCAGGCGGUUAGCUCGAGAGUGUACUCUGGACGAACACUGUGACUUCGUAUCGAGCGACAGUGUCAGCAAAGGUAACUGCUUAAGCGCACUAGGAGUUGGAGUUACGUCGUAGGCAAUUUGUGUGCAUAGUCCGCCUAAAAAAGAACGGAUGUCACCAUGUAAUUACAUCCCGUUAACCUACCUGUCAUUUGCGCCCUAAGCAGAUAGCGUGGUCCAGGAACCAUUGCUAUCAAAACGCUGUCAAGCGUCGUUUACUGUUAACACAAAGUGGCAGGAGUGAGAUCAAAGUAACUGCGGGCAGCUAAGGUAACGAGAUAACAGGACUGAGCGAAAGCCAUUUAAUAAUAAUAUACAGUGUGUACAAAUACGCGUGACAAGUGUUCAAUACGAAAUCGACUAUUCGACCGGAUUGCAAUUGUUCGUUCGUUUUUCGUUACGGUGCUUCGUGACGUCGAUACGGCGCGAUGAUCCUCGUUACUCGAUUCGUGGAAUUGUAAACGUCUCGUGAUCAAUUAGAGCGAAAAAAGAUUCAGCAAGUGUCCACUAUUAAUCUGGCCAGCUUUCUUUGUGUGCUAGCAGUAUCUUCUAGUUCUAGUUUCAGUUAUUAUUAGGAUUGGUUUAUCCUGUUAGCGCCAUUGAUGCGCUGGCGACAUUUAAAGCAGGUCGAAUUCUAUCGGUGACAAUUCACGUUAUAGCUAUUUUCGUUUGAAGCGUGCAAAUAUAUAUGGGAUUUCUGGCGAAUAAGACCCGUUAUGAUCGGAUUACUUUGAUGAUUUUAUCAAGUUGACAACGAGUUUUUUUUUUAGGUUGUCAAAUUCACUGUUGUUCCUAAAUUAUUAGGUCCGCAGUGGGUAUUCAUAUUUUGCAGAGAAAGAGACUACAAAAAAGCUAUAGUAGGAGCUGCAAUGUCGGUGACCGUCACCUUUAUGUGAAAUUCAUUAAGCUGUUAUAAUGGGCAAAGUGUGAACGAGUUUUGGGUGCUAUUUCUGCUUAGAAGCAGCAGAAAAAAAAAGAACGAAAAGUUAUAGUGUCUAGUAACGAGACUCAAGUCACUGAUAGGCGAUAACCGCCCGACGACAGGGCCACUAGACCUGUUGCUGCUGCAGCAUUUGUACCCCUGUGCGGCUUAACCCCUUAAAUCCGUUCAAGCCAUCGCUGUCACUACCCGCGAACCGUCGGUGCAUAUACAGGAAACGUCAAUGUGAUUUGCUGCAGACAGCUCAACUUCAGCGACCUUUUCGAACGUAAACCUCGAAACACGCUGGAUCGCACGUGACAAACAACAACUAUUCGGCGAGAUGAGUUCGCUCGGUUGUGUCCUUUCGGUGCAGCAGCAGCAGCAGCAACAACAACAACAGCAACACAAUUAUCACUUGACGACACCGAACUCGAGUCCAAAAGCUGAGAGCCUUACUGUGUCGAGAUCGCGCUCUCUAUCGCGCCGAAGUACACCCAGCAGUUUGGAGGGUGGCCGAAGUUAUGAUGGUUUGAGAGCUGGAGGGAGCGCCGAUUCCGGCUGUGUUACCCCGAACGAAGUGUUAUCCGGUUCCGAUCUCGCCAGAGAUAAUUUGCGACAAUCGGCAAAGCUUCAAGCCAACAACAACAACACCAUCGAGGUGCCUGAAUACAUCAUCGAUCGACAGACCAAGAUCACGUACCUCAAGGGCAAAUUCCUCGGAAAGGGAGGAUUCGCUCGGGUGCAUGAACUAACUGAUUUAACAUCAAAUCGGACCUUUGCUGGAAAAAUUAUACCCAGAUCCCGUCUAACUACAAGCGAUCAACGUAAGAAGUUAUACCGUGAAAUUGAGAUCCACGAGCCGUUGGCACACAAACAUGUCGUCCGCUUCCAGCAUUUCUUCAAAGAUGAACACAAUGUCUACAUAGUCCUCGAGUACUGCCCCCGCAAGUCGCUGGUCCACGUCCUCAAGAACCGAAAAGUUCUCACUGAGCCUGAGGUGCGAUACUUUCUGGCACAACUCGUCGAUGGCGUCAAGUAUAUACACUCUCAGGGCGUGAUGCAUCGUGACCUCAAACUCGGCAAUAUGUUCCUAUCCGAUCAGAUGCAUGUGAAAAUUGGCGACUUCGGUCUGGCUGCGAAGGCUUACCUUCAUUUGAAUAAUCACGACGGAUCUAAAAAGAUAACGGUUUGCGGAACCCCGAAUUAUAUAGCCCCUGAGGUCCUUAACAUGAAAGGACACGGUUUUGAAGCAGAUGUGUGGGCUAUUGGCUGCAUCAUGUACGCGAUGUUAGCUGGAUGUCCGCCUUUUGAGACAUCUUCAUUAAGCGACACGUAUCACAGAAUUACAAAUAAUAUCUACACAAUUCCGGAAGGAGUUUCGGAGCCUGCUCAGAAGCUAAUCCAGUGGCUACUUCGUCCGCGACCUCAAGAUAGGCCCACCCUGGAGCAGAUUCUGACACAUGAAUUUUUCACAUCUGGAUACUAUCCCAGACAACUCAGUCCGACUUGCUGCUACUCCGCCCCCCGCUUCUACAGCAAAAGUCCGGAUCGGGAAAGCGAUGCAACAAAUAAAUUGACGGCUAUGGUCGCUAACAUCAACAUUGAUCCCCCUCCUCAGAGAACAAAAACCCCACGAAGCCCUGCAGGGUCGCCUUUGCAUAAACCUCAGCCAGCAAGUAGCCUUGGCAAGAGUUCGUUCCCGCAAGCCUUCCGUCAAAGGAUUCACUCUGUUCUUUGUCCAGAUACAGCCGGUCUGAAAAAAGGCAAGAUGGGCACAACGAUGCUAUUACACCGGACGUUGGCAAGGGCUGUCGAGGAGAUCUCCGAUGUGGCCUCGGAAGUUAACCCUCCUCCGGUAAAUGGACUCUGCGUGCCGUUCGUCACCAAGUGGAUCGACUACUCGAACAAAUACGGCUUUGGCUUCCAGCUAUCGGACCAUUCAGUCGGUGUCCUUUUCAACGACACUACCCGAAUUAGCUAUUCAGCCAAUAGACAGAGAGUUGAAUACCAUGACAUUAAUGGCAAAGUAAGUGUUUUUACUCCGGCGUCGAUACCUCCAACCCUUGAGGAUCGCUUCUAUGUCCUAAAAUACUUUGCCAAUUAUAUGGAGGAGAACCUGAAUGAGGGCGGUGACCUGGAGAUGCAACAAGAAGCAAUGCGGCGGAAACAGUGUAUUCCGACGAUGAAACGCUGGGUCAGGACUAACCAAGCAAUUGUCAUGCAAUUGUCCUGCUCGACGUUACAGGUGAAUUUUCUCUCAGACCAUACGAAAAUGGUGGUAAAUUGUGAGAGGCCUUCGGAACCCCUGCUUAUGUACAUCAACGAAGAGCGUAAAGGCAUGACGUACUCUCUCAAUGAGCUGGCCCGUGUCGGUUGCUCACCUGCCAUACGAUCGCGUAUCCAGUACGCCUUAAACACACUGCAGGACCUAAUAAAAAUUCAACAACAACAACAGGUCUGAAUGAGGAAGCGUCCCAGAUAUUGUCGGAUCGUGGAAUACGUAUUAGUGAUUUGUAAGAGCAACAAACAAACUGUGCCAUUCUGGCAUGCAAGCAGGUUUUCCCGUCGUUAAGUGACGAUUAUGCUGCUGCUGUUAAUUCUGAUUAUGAUUACUCUGCUGACAUCACCGCGCUAAGCUGCCCCAUAUUGUGUGGAUCUGCCCGUGCCCCUGAGCCAUGUGCCUGCCUAGAAGUAUUUGAAGUACCUUGAAACGCGGGGUCCAGUUAAAUCCGGGCCGACAAUGCUCGACAGCGGUGCCUACGUAAUGACUGCCAGACAGCGCGGGCGAACCCCGCAGACCUUGCUGAUGAAGAAAGACGACUUAAUCGAUUAGGAUAAGCCUUGCAAUAAGCACAGAGCCUCCGAUCUCAACGUACCGUAGCCGAUAGUCCUGUCGAUUAUGAUGAGGCGUGUAGGCAACUAUGAACUGGGCAGACUCAAUAUGUUCAUUCUAGACAAAGGCGUUUAGACUAAACAUAUUGUUGGUAUAGAAAUAUCAGCCUAUCAAAUAACAAAACGUACGCAACUAUGCCUGCCAUACUUGCCGUGGUGAGACGUUAAGAUUAUGUCAAGAUUACGCCGAUGCUAUGGAAUGAAAUUUUGCCGUACAGCUGCGAUUGACUGUAAACUAUAGUGAUUGAUACCAAGGAAGAGAGAGGAUGCCGAUAGGUCAAUGGAAAUCGUUUUGUUAGAGCAGACGCCGCUGAACGUUUCCCCCUUCCCCACCGUACUCUUACGCCCUCAAUCAAGUUCAUAGCCUUAUCCUGAAGUAAUUACAUUUUUGUCUUGGUUGCAGUACUAAUCGAGAAUUACCCAACUCUACAUUAGCCGAGUGAACUGUUUUUACCUCUUGUUUGAGACGACUUAAUUUAUAAUGUCGUUAUCUUUAAGUAAUUCGUCUUAUCUAACCGGUUAGCCUUAUAGAAAAUUGAUGAACUGGUUGUUAGCAAAUGACUGAAGGCAUCGACGUUCGAUUGUAGAAGAAUACAGCGACAUAGGCCUGAUUGAUUGAACGCUAUUGAGAACGGUGUCUUAGUGAUGGAAAACGUGGAGACAUUUCGGUUGGAUGCCCGUAGUCCUCCUCUGGGGACCUCGGAAGCACUUCUUCUCGGUGAACUCCUUUUUAGCCCUCUGCUUGCAAAAACUAAACGAUUGUCAAGGCAAGAACCCUUGAAGGCAAAGGUGACACGUAACAUUUUUUUUUUAUCUCUUAUAAUUGUUUCUACAGAAUGGUUCUAUUAGCGGACCGGUUACUAGUAGAAUUAAUCAAUCGCCAUAUAUUUACUAAAGACUAGGGGCGUCAUCCUGUUCUACUUGAUGCCUUGUCCCAAACACGACUAAGACAAGUCAAACACUUAUAUAAGCGUGUUUACAAGCGGCGAUCGUAUACCCUUACGUAUAAAUAUAGAUAUGUUCGUUUUAUAUAAUAAGUACUACUAUAUUAAUUACUAUUAUAUUAUAUCCAGUUACUGUACAAGCAGUAUAUGAUAGGAAUGUAUAUGAUGUGUUUUGUUUUUUAACAGCACACUGCGUGGAGGGGUAACAUUUUCAACACAAGUUUGGGGCGCGCUUGUGAAUUGAAGACGGUCACCGCACCGCUGUUGUCGUCGUUACCAUUCGCCGCCGCUGUUCAAUCUUUUAGAUAUUCGAGUCAUUUAUGAUCUUGGCUCGGUUUCCCCGAGUAACCGAUGCCACAGACUCAGUAAAACGGCCCUGCGAAUUACCGUGAAAGGCGCCUGAUCGAAUUAGACGACAACGGACUAAGUGCCGUCAGACAGCAUCAAAAUUUUCCCGUCACCAUCAUUUUUCACGUUGGUGUCCUUUUUUUUUGAGACAGGGACACUGUCACAUACAUGUCCAUGAGGUCAGGGCACCCGUCCGAGCAGAAGACAUUUGCAAUUUUUUGAGGCACCUUGUCGUGUUUCGUGCUCGCCCGGGGUGUUGCCACAAACAAACUGGCCACUGAGAGGGAAAUAACGCGUACGAUGACAUGGACACGCGCAACAAUGCACGGAUAUAAUAAGGCUUUGGGUGAAGACAGCGGCUAUUGGCUGUGGCAGUCGUGCGCAAGGUAUCCUUAUCUAGAGCUUUUUCACACAGCCAGACAAGGAGAACAAGACAUUUCGGAACUGCGUUAAGUAGCAUCGGCCGCGCUGAAAUGGCCAAUCACUUUUUUGCGGGUGUAUUACGUUGACACAACCAUUUUAAGGCUCGAAAAGUAUGACUGUUCUAGUAGCUUCAAUAAUCGGUGCUGGUGCCGGUCUGGAAGGCAGGUACUUUUUGUUGAAAAGUAUAGAAUUGGGUCAGUUAUAAAGCUACAAACAAGUCAGGCUUGUAGUGUACCUGUUAGUUAAAAUUAAUGCAGACCAUGAUUGUUAGUGACUCGCGUCCGUUGUCCGAAUAAUAGAGUACACAAAUAAACUCCUUAUAAACAGUAGAUUAAAGCGAAGAAAAAAGGGUGAGAAUAUCCGGGCUAUCAAUUCGUUUCAUGUUUAAUACGCAGAUGAAUUUCGUACAACUGCUUUACUCAGAAGGUGUUGCAUGAUAAAAAUUACGGUUACAUAGGGGGAGUUUUCUCUGGUGCCCGCGGACCCAAAAUAAUUAGAUUUGGGGUUCGACUGCCAACUUUAACGUGGCGACUUUUUUGACGAUUUGAAUCCAUGAACUUUAGAUACGUUUUGAGUAAAGUGAAUAAGGUUACACUUCUUACCGAAAUAUAUAAAGUUACAAAUUCGCCCCCUUUGGUGCUACGGGCAUUAUUGCUUGAUGCCGGGUUACUAGAGCUAAGCGGUACCACCUUCCACGAAAAAAACUCAGGAAAGUCAAUAGGACAAUAAUUUCUUUUCAACCCACCUUCUAACAAAUAACGUCACAAUGUUCGAGGUUACUAGAGAACCUCCGAUCAGGCAUAUUUGUCAGAUUAUGACGUUUCAGUGUCCUUAGAGCUGUGUAUAGUAAACGACUGGAGAAAAGACGCGACAUGCUGUGGUCGUUUGCUGCAAGCAGCACAGCUGGAAAGAGGGAAAAUUUAGUACGGGAGCAAGCGUAGGGUCCUGAAGAGGGUGAAACGUGCCAUGUGCCACCAUAGCCGUCUCAUUAGUACAGUGGACGGACGCCAUUUACGAAGCGGAAAAUGCAGCGAACCCCCAGCUGCAGCAGGAGGACGACUGACGCGAUGAGCUCUAGACGCAAUCAUAACCUAAGACUCCCCAAAUAUUAUAGAGAGGAAAGGGAAUAGAACCCAGGCUCGUGCAAAGAGAGAAAUUGGGUGGGUGACAGUUUCGAGGUCGAUGUCUACCUUCACUCGUUGCGCGCAUUACAUACAUAAUCGCUAUCGAGCAUCACAGCAGCUGAUAUCAUUCUCGAUCACUGAUCAUGGCGGACAUUAUUAAGGCAUAUAUAAAUAAGUAUAUAAGUAUAACGUAUAUAUAAAUAAGUAUUAUAUAUAAUAUGUUCGUAAUGGCUAUAUAUAUAUAUAUAUAUAUAUAUAGCCAUUACGGAUAUAACGCGUAACUGAAGGCUGACUGGCUGAUUGAUUAAUCGGUUGAUUGACUGUAAUCAUGAUAUGUUAACUGCUAUAAAAGCAGGAUGACAGAACGUUGGGAGUGUAAUUUUCUACAAAGGUGCCAACGAAAUAUUGUAGACAUAAUUAUAUAACGGAGAAUAAGAAAUGGCAAAUUUCGUAUUGAUACAAGACGUUGGACGACGUUGAACGUUCGUCGCGACUGUUCCAAUUCGGGUUACUGCGAUAAUUUGACGAGAUGAGGUACGUCGUCUAUUCGAAAUUAAGGAAUUAGAAUACAACAGUGAAGGUGUACGAAUAAGAUGAGCGGAAAUGAAAACAGAGACAAAAUGUGCGGAACGUUCGCGUAUAACAGAUGCACCGCAGGUAAACGUGUAUUGUGUACAUAGCAGGCAAUAGGCAUACCCUUAGCAGCUAUAUCGUACUGUUGGCCCUCAUCGGCGACAGUCCGGCCUUCUCAACGACUUUAGUCAUUAAGAAAUUCAGAGUGGUUACUGUAAAUAAACUUUUGUACUCAACACAGAACCGAG